AUGUAUAAGCUGUUGUAUGGUAACAUUGCUCAAGUACAAGAGGCAAAGAUCAUUCCAGGAUCUAAGGAGGCUUUUUCUUUAAAGCGGUACAAAGAAGAAAUUGGAAAACCUUACAGCAAAAUUAGUUUUUACAUAUGUCCAUUAACAGAUUUUCUUGAAGAUUUUGUUAACUCUUCAUCAUCAUCUGAUGAGCAAAUGUGUGACAACUCUGCAAGUGAUGGUACUCAAGAGCAAAACCAGUCCAGCUCAGUUGAAGAACUGACAGUCAUUUCACCCAAUCCUACUAUUCCUACCCAAAGUAAAACAGUUCAAUGUCCCUUUUGCCUAAAUCAUUUUAGUGUACAAGAAGUCCAACAUCAUGUAGAGCAGUGUUCAGAAUGGUUAUUGAAUGAAGAUCAUGAAGUACUGGAAGUGAAUAAUUCUGACAAUGAACAGACUGUUGCUGAAAGUCAGGUGAAAAUAUCUGAUAUGGGUAAGAAUGAAAUUAAAGAAAUGCUGAAAGAUGAAGUUGCACAAGUCUCAAAAUUAGACCUACAACAAGAAGGAAAAAAAAAGGGUGACAGUCAGACGUAAGAACAUAUGGGAAGACUUUAAAGAUGAAAUUUUUCAAGGAAAUAGAAUUACCCCUUCCAGUAAGAUUAAGGUUGUGUUUUCUGGAGAGCCCGCUGUGGAUGAUGGGGGACCUCGGAGAGAACUAUUUUCAGGUAAUGUAUUUGCUUGUAAUUUUCUGGCAAAACUAUAAAUUUUCUAUUCUGUUAUUCCUAGGCUGAACCUAUUAUUCCUAUAGGCAUUAUAAUCGUUUUUGGUUUUCUAAAAUAUACUAUACAUUUAUUUUAGAGUUCAAACAAAUCAUGGAUGCUUUUCUUCCUGUCCUGAAACCUAAACAUUAUUAAUUAAUUAAUACGUACAAUACAUUAUACUAAGAUACUAUUCCUCAGAAAGCUUACAUUGUUUGUCUCUACAAAUAUCAUAUAUUAUAGAAAAAGCAUAUAUUAUAGGAAAGCCAUUGUACCUAGUUGGUUAGGUCGAGUUGCCAGGCCAUAUCUGAGUUCCAGCUUCAAAACAUCUAGCUGACUAGCUCAUCAUACGAGAAUGAUUGAUAAAUAUAUCUAGGAUUGAUAGGUUCAGACUAGAAUCACUACAGUAGAUGUCCUUAAUGUCCUUAUUAGGUAUACAGGUAUGUCCUUGUUACAAUUUGUUACAAUUUUCGUUUCAGCAUUUUAUAUGCUUUAAAAUUAUAUUAUAUAACAUGCUGACACGUUUUUGUUAUGGUAGCCGCCUUGUUAAUAUUUCAUUACUUUCACAAGAUAAAUGUAAAAUGGAAUAAUAUUUUUAGAUCUUUUGUCCAUCAUCAAAAGGAGAUAUUUUCAUGAUGGGUCACCAGUUAAAUCAACUAUUGCUAUUAGUAAUGGAGAUUUUAAACUGUGUGGAAUAAUCAUGGGAAUGUCCAUCAAGCAAGGAGGUCCAGCACCAAAUUUUAUGACGCAUGCUGUUUCCUGUUUUUUCACUGGAUGUGAGAUGUUGACUAGUGAUGUCAGAAGCUCAGCCUAUCAAGAUAUUGUUACAUGUGUGAGUUAAUAACUGUAUGAUAUAGUGUUAUAAAAAUCAGUAGAACGCUUGCAUUUAUAAUAAUAUGCAAUGAAUAAUCAGUUGCCUAACUCAUUGACUGGCAUUACUCUUUUACUGAUGAGUAAAGCAUCUGCCAUUAGACAGAGCAAAAUACUUAAUUAGGGCAAAUAUGGGUGCAUUGCAAGCUGAUGAGUUAACAAAAGACACUGACAGAUAAUUACAGUAUGUUAACUUAUUAACUAACAGUACUUUUCCACUGACAAGUAAGAUUAUCUGGAAUAUAAGACAGAGUAAAAUUUUAAAGUAGGGCACAUCUUUGUGCAUUGCAAGGUAAUGGGUUAAUUAGGUUAUAUCAACCUAUGUCCCAAAUAUGAAAAAGCACUACAAAAAAGUACAUGUAUGUAUUAUCUUCUUGAUACAGCUCAGCAAUGCAACAACUGAUGAACAAGUAAUAGGAAUUCUAACUAAGGACUCUAGCUUGGACAUUCUACAAGAGCUGGGAUAUACAAGUGUUCCACACAUGGAAACAAUUGCAACAGCAAAAAGAAUUGUUCAGUAUGUACAUUAGUUUUCUUAUUGAUCUCCUAAAGGGUCAGUCAAGCAAGGGCGGAUCAUCGCCAACACAUGUGCAGAAUGGACUUACAUUCCCUUUAAUCUUUAAUAUUCUGACAUUAUCAUUCUGACAGGCAGUCAAGUCAGUCACCGAGGUGUAAUUUGUUUACAUUUUGAGCAAAAUAUAUUGAUAAAGUAUGAUGUACUUGACACUUGUUGAUAUCAAUAUAGUUUAAAAAAAUUUCCAUUUAGAAGCUUUCAAAACAAUGUGAACCUGGCCUUGACCACCUCUGAAUAUUUAGCUUAACUAAAUUAUUUUUGGAGAUUGAAAUUAUUUUUGGAGUUGCAACUGAGAGUGUAUGAAAAUAUGUUGUUAAAAUCAUUAAAAAAAUAUUUUAGAUCAUUAUGCAUGAAAGACCAAAUUGGAGAUGUCUUAGCAGAGUUGAUGGAAAUUAAGAAUGGGUUAGAGGCUUGUGGCAUCUCUAGUGAUACUAUUAAGAAAAGAGCAGAGUUAUGGCAAAUCAUGUUCAAGUCAGGCAGUUUCUUUAGUCUUCCUGCUGAAGAGUUUUUGGAUGAGCUGAUUGUUGUUUUCAGUGAGUCACAAAUAAGAAAAAAUGCAGAAAUUGAUGUUUACAAAUUUUUCUGUGAUGCUAUGCUAUCCAUUGAAAAUGGUUGUAAGUACAAACUACAUGAAUAA